UCUCACAGGCUCCUCAUCUCCUUCAAUUUAUCCUCACUUCCCAACAACCAAACAUAAAGCUUAUAUUGUGCAAGUCCAUGGAGGACGAGGAAUCCUUGUCCAAGGACCAUCCAACUGUUACUAAAGAUAUUGAAAUCUCAGGGUUCUCCCAAACACUUCAGGAAGCCAUGACUUCCAUCCCAAACAAGCUCAGCUCUAAUUCCAUCGAACAAAACCGUGAGAUAUCAAUCAUCAGGGCUGAACCAGUCUUCUCUGUUCUGAACACUCCCGAUCCUCUUGCUCCAUGGAAAGAGCUCGCUUGCUCACUAAAAAAGAAAAUGCGUCCUCAUGGAAAGCAAUCCUCUUCACUGCUACAUUUCAUUCUCUCAGGUUUGCAGGGCCUUUUCCCUGUCCUCACCUGGGGAAGAAGCUAUGAUCUGAAAUCUUUUCGAAGCGAUAUAAUGGCAGGACUUACACUUGCAAGCCUUGGCAUUCCACAGAGCAUAGGAUAUGCUAACUUAGCUAAGCUUGAGCCACAAUAUGGCCUCUAUACAAAUUUAGUCCCACCUCUGAUUUAUGCUGUUAUGGGAAGUUCAAGAGAAAUUGCAGUUGGACCUGUGGCUGUCAUCUCUCUCCUUUUAUCAUCCAUGGUUCAGAAGAUUGUUGAUCCAUCAUCUGAUCCAACUGGCUACAGGAAGACUGUCUUCACUGUAACAUUCUUCACCGGAAUAUUUCAAGCUUCGUUUGGGUUUUUAAGGCUGGGAUUCCUGGCGGAUUUCCUCUCUCGUGCUGCAAUUGUGGGGUUCAUGGGAGGUGCAGCCAUGGUGAUUGGCCUCCAGCAGCUAAAAGGCCUUCUAGGCUUAACUCACUUCACAAAUAAAACAGAUAUUGUUUCUGUAACCAAGGCUGUUUGGAUUGGUCUUCAUCAUUCUUGGCAUCUAGACAACUUCUUCCUUGGUUGUUCCUUCCUUAUAUUCAUCUUGGCCUCAAGAUUCUUAGGCAAAAGGAAUUUGAAGCUGUUUUGGUUGCCAGCCAUUGCUCCUUUGCUUUCUGUAAUUUUAUCAACUGUAAUAGUUUUUGUCACCAGAGGUGAUCAGCAUGGACUGAAAAUCAUAGGAGAAGUAAGAGGUGGUUUAAAUCCAAGUUCGGUUAAGCAAUUGCAGUUCAGAGGAGCAUAUGUUGGCGAAUCUGCGAAGAUCGGAGUUAUUUGUGCAGUCUUAGCUCUCACGGAGGCUGUAGCUGUUGGCAGGUCAUUCGCUUCAGUGAGGGGCUACCAGCUUGAUGGUAACAAGGAAAUGGUUUCAAUGGGCUGUAUGAACAUUAUCGGAUCUUUGUCAUCUUGCUACGUUGCUACAGGCUCUUUCUCUCGAACUGCAGUAAACUUCAUUGCCGGAUGCGAGUCUCCGAUGUCCAAUAUUGUUAUGGCCAUCACUGUUUUCUUAACGUUGAAGUUCCUGACAAAGCUCUUAUACUACACUCCAGUUGCCAUAUUGGCUUCCAUUUUGCAGGCUCUCUCUCUCGAACUGCAACAAAGUGAGUCUCUUAGAGGGCUGAUGUUUCAGGUAAUCAUAUCAUUUGCAAGGAUCAUGUUGAGUUCGAUUCAUCCGAGAAUCGAAAUCCUGGGAAGAAUUCCAGGCUCAAAUAUCUUUUGCAACAAAAGACAAUAUCCGGUUGCUUCCUUAGUGCCAGGCCUUCUGAUAUUUCAUAUUGGCACAUCCUUCCUUUGCUUCCUGAAUGCUAAUUUCACCAAAGAAAGAAUCGGAAGCUAUGUGAUGGAAGAUGAGAAACUACACAAAGACAACAAUGAAGAAAAAAUCAAAUACGUAGUUAUUGAGAUGUCAAAUGUCAUGAAUAUUGAUUCAUCCGGGAUCAGAGCAGUGGAAGAAAUACAUAACAGUCUUGAAUCUCUUGGCAUACAGAUGGCAAUAGUCAAUCCUGGAUGGCAAGUGAUUCACAAAAUGAAACUGGCUAGGCUCGUGGAGAAGAUUGAAGUUUCAUGGAUAUUUCUUACUGUAGCUGAAGCUGUGGAAGCUUGUCUUAGCUACAAGGAAGAUAAUUAUAGCGCUUGAUUAGAGUUCUGCCCACUUUCCAAAUUCCAAUGCUCUUUUUUCUAAUCCCAUCUUACAUACAGAUUCCUAUGGUGCAUGGAAAGUUUAUUGAGAAAAUUAUGGAAAGUGACGCAUUACUGUUUCCAUUCAGCAAAACCAGAUUACUACUAAUUUUGUAAUAAAGGCUGUGUGCACUGCUUUUGGGACUACUAUGUUUGUAUGUCUUUUGAAUCAUUAUCCUUCGAUUUCAUAUAUGAAGCUUCACUGUAGUUUGCAUGUUUGGUGUUUUAUUUUUUCGUGAACUUGAAACCAUAUAAUGAUUAUGUACCAAAAUAUUUAGAUUUGGCUCUCUCAAAAAGGAGCGUUUAUUACAUCAGAAUGUCGUAGGUAUGCCUCAUAGCAUUUUAGGUGUUAUUGUACUAUAAUACCGCCACAAUACUACCAAUAAUAUUUA